AUGGUGGAGUUGGUAGUAUUAAGCAUACCAAGUUUGGCGAAAUACACUAAGCACAAGAUUGACACUCUUGAGGUUGAGAAUUUCUACUACAAAUAUACUUUGAUUGAAAGUGGUAUCAAGUUCGACAAAAUUGACUUCAUUGUCUAUGAGGUGAAGUGCACAUCAAUUGAUGGUGGAUGCGUUUGCAAGAUGAGUAACGACUGUCAUGUUAAGGAAGGGGCAGAGCUCAAGGAAGAUGAAAUCAAGCAGGGCAAAGACAGGGCUAUGGGAUUGUUCAAGACAGUUGUAGAGUACCUCUUGGUAAAAUCAAUGUUUGUGCUUAAAUUGUCUUUUUAA